AUGGAUUGGAUCGCAUGGGAUACUAUGAUCAAAUCAAAACAAGAGGGAGGGUUGGGUUUCAGGGAUAUCCAAUGUUUCAAUGAUGCUCUACUAGCAAAGCUCAGUUGGCGCAUGCUAGAAUCCCCUUCAUGUUUGCUUGCCCGGGUACUUAAAGGCAAAUAUUGUCACGAUCAAGACUUCAUGCAAGUAUCAGCCCCUAGCUCCUGCUCACAUGGGUGGAGAGGAAUACUGAUAGGGAGAGACCUCCUAAAAGAGCAACUAGGAUGGGCCAUUGGCAAUGGUGAAAAAGUCUUGGCUUGGGAUGAUGCAUGGCUAUCUCUAAUAGCACCAGUACGACCAAUGGGACCAACUCCCGAGCAUCAGAGUUCCCUGAAAGUCGCAGAGCUAAUCUCUACGGAAACCAAAGAGUGGAAUGGACAGAUGAUCGAAAAUCACUUUCCCCUGCUCCGAGAUAAGAUCCUAAGUAUAAAGACCAGCAAAUGGGGGGGAGAAGACAAGCAAAUCUGGCUGCGACACAAGUCAGGAUCCUAUACUACAAAGACUGGUUACUAUACAGCGGUCGAGAGGAAACAAAUCACCCCUGAACAGAACCCUAGGAAUUCGAGCGACUGGCUACCAGAGAUAUGGAAACUAACUACUUCUCCUAAGCUCAAAUUGUUCAUUUGGAAGAUCAAACAUAGAGCACUACCAGUCGGAGAUAGGCUCGAAGCUAGACAAGUCCUAUCAGGUACCAAAUGCAUUCACUGUGAAAGCCAUGAAUCUAUUUCUCAUCUAUUUUUCCAAUGUCCCUAUGCGUUAAAAGUAUGGGAAUUGGUACCUUUCUCUGGCGGGUUCAAUCCAAUGCCUCUGAACGAUUUUGACCUGGAAUGGAAAAGGCUACUCCGAACAGUAGUCCUCCCUCCUAUUGGUCUCGGAAAUGCCAUUCUAGCUCCCUGGAUCAUCUGGGCCAUAUGGAAAGCAAGAAACCAAAAAUUAUUUCAAAACAGAACUUUCUCUGCUCAAGAAACAGUAACCAAAGCAAUCUGUGAUGCUAAAGAGUGGGCGACAGCCCAAGUACCAGUCAAGAUUUGUGAGCAGAGGAGGAAGAUCCAACCCAACAGAUCGACAACUGAGAUUACCUGUAAAUCAGAUGCAGCGUGGAGGAAAGAUCUACAGGCCGCGGGUCUUGCUUGGAGUUUCUACCGUAACCAAAAGGAGCGCUUUAGCUCCCACGAUCAACCAGUAGCGUUUGUGAAUUCGUCCCUCAUGGCAGAAGGACUAGCACUGCGCGCAGCAAUGGAACAAGCCGUUGCCCUCCAGAUGAGACGGGUGGUCUUUGAAUCUGACUCUUUGCCAUUGGUGACGGCAAUUGCAGAUGGAUCAAGCUUCUCUGAUCUUCACGGCAUCCUCUCUGAUAUCUAUCUCCUUUCAAUUUCCUUUGAUUUUGUAUCGUUUAGUUUUUGUCGCCGAGAGACACUCUGUUUUGAGGACUCUGCUGCAAAAAACUCUCUAUCAAACUUUGUUCUGACCCAGACCAUUGAACCGGUCUUGGUUUAG